CUCACUUGAACUUUGCUUGUCCCCAAGCACACCUGAACUCAACAUCCUUCAACUCACUAGACCUCUACGAUGACACGUGACUUUCGAUCUUAGGUAUUGGAUCAUAAGAAGCUUUCAAGGUCAAUUCUUGCACUCAGAAACUUUUGAUCCUUGCAAUGAUGCUCGAAACGUACUUCAUAAGGACAAAAUGAUUUGCCUCUCAAUAGAUGGAGUUCUCUUUCUCUUACUUGGGUCUUCAUAUAUGAGGAUUAGGGAAGCUUAUGUAGCUUGAUUAGGAAGUAUUUGUAUCCCUAGCCACAUAAAUAUUUUGAAAUUUUUUCACAUGAAGGCGAUCAUGCAUGCGACGCCGCUUUGCACACAACAUACCCUUUAAUGCAUAGAAGGGGGUUUAUUCUACUUUGUGCUUUGGUACUCAGCAAGCCUUGAUUAAGCAAGAUUGGUUUUUUUUUUCCAGCUCAUUUUCCUCGAUUGUGCGGAGGGUCAAUGAAGUCAAGGGGGUCUUGGAGCUUUAUCCAUGCCCUUGAAAACACAUUCUUAAGUUGGCAAUCCUAUCACACGGGUGGAAAUUUUAUUUGUAAUAGAGAGGAAAUAACAUAAUCUCAUAGGACUACCCUACAAAGACUUAACUAGUAUCUCUUUCAAAACCCAUUUUUUCCAAGGAUAGGACGCUUCAAACUUGGCUUUUACCCCACACUUAAUUGGUGGAAACAUCAUCUUUUGAUUUAGACUUGACAUGGUAUGAUUUCGGAUGUAUGAAGAUACAUAUCGACCCCAUUUUAGCUUUAAGCGUAGAAGACUCAUUUCUUUGAGGAGGAGUUUGAGAACUCAAUAAUGAUGGUAUGAAGCACCAAUCCUUACGUUCUUAAGAUGGAUUCAAGUCUCGUGACAAUGACAUCCUUUAUAGCCCCUACACUAGCCUCCCUAGAUCAUGUAUUAACGCAAAGAAUGUUUAUUUCUUUCCAGCUUGCCGCCUUAACCUCUUCCCCGAUGGGAUGAACCUUAAAUACGAUCGUUUUCAACCUGAUUUCCAUAGGUGAGCAUUGCAAAAAUUGAUCAACUCGGCUUCUAGCUCAGCUAUACGUGCCUCUAUGAGAGCAAGCCCGUGUUCCAUCUCCUCUAUGGUUUGUUCUUCAUUUUGAGUUUUUGUCACGACGGAGGAGAUUGAGUUGACAGUCUCUACUAAUGGUGAUUAGACUACUGGCACCUUACCAUAGAUGGGCAUUGAAGUGUUCAUACGUUCAGGGUAAUCAAUGAUCCUAUUGCGAGGAUCACUUUCUGCCUACUAGUUUGACUGCCCUUAAGAAGGAUAGCUCUUGCCCUAAGGUGCGAGUAGGCUCCUCUUCGAUAUAGCUCGUUGGCAUAUGCGAAUCUCCCCAAUUUUUGAUUCCUCGGAAUCUCCCAGAUAUUGCCACAAAAAAUAAAGUGCAAGAACUGUUCUGACUCAUGGUUCAGUCCGUCAGCGAACAAGUGAGCAAGCUGAAAAGGCUCAAAAUUAUGAUUGGGAUAGUCAUCGAUAUUACCCCAUGUAUCGGUAGAGAGGCUCCAAAUCUCCUUGUCUGAAGUUUAGAAUUUUAUGUGCUAGAAAAUAUUUACUCCACGGCCAAGCGUAUUUAUCGAGAAAUGUUUGAACUAGCUCAUCCCAAAUAAGGGCGACUUCGUGAGGCAAGUUGUUGAACCAUCUCUUGGUGCCCUUUUUAGAGUAUAGUGGAAUAGCCCUAUAACCCCAUAUAUUCGGGUGCCUCUUUGAAACACUAUUCUGAUCCUAAUAGGGCUUGAAUCUUAUGGAGAUGGUUUAAUGGAUUCUCAUGAGGGAAACAAAAGAAGGGUUUCAUGUAGUAGAGUUCAUGAAUGAGAGAUUCCUCUAUUCCUAGUUAGUAGUAAGGUUGGCCACCUUGAAUGAAUUAAGGUGUGCUCUGGGUACGUCAAACUUGAAAACAGCCCAAAUGUCCAUGAUUUUAGGCUCAUAUGCUCCUAGAAUCUCAUUAUUCGUAGGGGUGGAACUUUGGGAGAAUAUGGACAGUUGAAAGGUAUGGCGAGAUGCAAUCAAUGUUUAGAAAGAGGCUACUCCUAAAAAAGGGUGCCAUGAACGCCAAAAUCAUAGCAAUUCAGGCGCCUGGGACCGAUUUUGAUUCCCUCGGAGUGAACAGAAACUUACUCGAUACGACUAGAAUCAGAAAACUAGACUUGACAUGAAAAAAAUAGCAAUAGAAUCCGAAGAAGAAAUAGAACUCAUACAUAGUCCCUUUUCCGAAGUUUGCGAGAUGUCCCUAGAAAUGACGUCAAUUUUUGAUUGUCGUAGAUUGUAGCACAGACUAAAUUUACAUGCCCGAAUACCAAGAUUGUAUUUCCGUAGAUCUCUUGGAAAACCCUUACUUUAGUGGUAAAGUACGAUUCUAUUUGAGUUGAAAACAAUGUAAGAGACGGAUGUGCCUCCGGUUUUGCAAAACUAAAAUGAAAAGAAAGAGAAUGUGUAGAAAGGUAAACCUAUAGCUAAGUUGGAUGGAUGAGAGAGCAGAGAAGGAAGGCGUUGCGUAGGCAAGCUCCCCCUAGGUCUCCUAAUCACGUAUCCAUCAAUAUAUGGCAACAUACAAGCCGUCGAUUUUGUAUUCUUUUAGAUCCCACCUUGUGUUGAAGCAUUUAUCCGAACUAAUGCACGACAAGGACCCUACAAAUUUCUCUCUUGAGGUGUCAUGCCAUUCAUUCGAAUGAAGAUCAAUCAAAUAGGACCGGCCUAGGGGUGUUCAAAUGGUUACCGUGGUAAUAACCAAACCAAUUAAGCCUAAAUUUCAUUAACCAUGGAAUAAAAUUUCUUAACCAAACCGUCCAAAUUAACACCAAAACCAAAUUAACCAAACCAAAGUUUAAUUGGUUUGGUUAAUUGGAUAAUCGGAUUAACCAAAUAAUUCACAUAACGUUACAUGAAAAUAAUUAUCAUAUUAAUGAAUAAAACAUAACCAUAUGUUAUUACUAUCAUAAACUAUCAUUAAUUGUCAAAAAAAACAUAAUUAUCAUUAUAUAUAAGCAAUAAUAAUAAGACUAACCAUCCAUGAUUAUCAUCAUCAUUGGAGUUAAUACACCAUUCAUCAUCUCUGCACCAAAUAUAGUUAGCUUACAACAAACCCUUAACUUAAAUAUUAAAUGCAUACCAAUACCACUCAUCAGGAAGAUAAAGCUCCCCUACAAAACACUUAAACUAUAGAUAGUUUGAGUUUAACUGUCAUGGUAUUUUAUGUAAUCCUAAAGUCUAGUAGUUGUCCAAAAUGUUUUGGUUUAGUAAAUAGGCAACCCAUUUAAUUUUUUACCCAUAAUGCUUUGGUUUGUUGUGCAUAUGGAAAUAAAAUAGGGAAUCACGAAAGUUUGGUUUGGUUGGUUGCAUGGAAGUAUAAAUAAUUUUGUAUAUUAGGUGUAUCAUUAAUUGGUUAAUUGGUUUCAUUGGUUAGCAGUGUUGAAACCAAACCAAACCACCUAAACCAAAUAAGCUAAAUUGUUUAACCUAACCAAGCCAAACCAAUUAUCCAAAGUAACCAAACCAAAUUAACCGAAUGCUACCGGUUAAUAUGGUUACCACGGUAACCAAUCCGUUUGAACACCCCUAAGGACCGCCAUUUCUAAUCUUAAUCCUAAGUGACUUGGAUUUCGAUUCUUGCACCUCAAAGGAGUGAAAUGUCUACUAAGCAUUCAUUCAAAUCAACAAAUUAUGAAAUAGAAGAAGUCGAGUAUUAACACAUGUGAAGGAAGGAUAAUGCAGCAUGUAUCGCACGAUUGAAGGAAUGAUACAUCAAAGGGGACCAGAUAAAACAUAUUUCACCAAAAAAUUUCUUCGCUCAUGACCUUCAAAAGAAUGGUGAAAUAAAAGUACUUCAGAUUCGUUUAUGUGAUAAUCUGGCAGAUUUAUUCACAAAGUCUCUUCCUACUUUAGCAUUUGAGAAGGUAGUUCACAAGAUUGGAGUUCGACUAUUCAAAGAUCUUCAAUGAUGUCACGAUGAGGGGGAGUACAUAUGUACUGUACUCCCCCCCCCCCCCCCCCCCCCCCCCCCCCCCCCACACACUGUGGUUUUUUCCACUAGAUUUUUCCCGGUAAGGUUUUUAAUGAGACAGUAUACAAAGGCGUAUUACAAAUUAUGGACAUCUAAGGGGAGCAUUAUAAUAUAUACAUUGCAUGGAUGUCCACCCUACACAUCAUCAUCUCCCCAACCUCCUCCUAGCUACAUUGAUGAGAAUGACUUGCUCAUUGCUUAUAAAAGCAAGGCUAGAGAAGAAGAGAAGAUACACAAAAAAACAUCAAAGCUUAUAUACCUCUCUGUAUUCAAUUGUAUCACGAGAAUAUGUAUCUCAUCAUCAUAUUUUCUCGUGCAUUUCGAAAUAAUUGUUUCACGCAAUAAGAAUUUUUAUUUAAAUACAAGAUUUAUAAGAAUCAGUUAUAGACCGUUUGGUACCAAAUGAAUAGAGAAUUCAUUUCAUUGUAAAAUGAAUUACCGUGUAGAAUUCAUUGUCAAAUGAAAUCUUGUGUUUGGUAUGUCUUAUUCAAAUCCUUAGAAAUAAAAUGAAUUGCAGUGUACAAUUCAUUGUCAAAUGAAUUCUUGUGUUUGGUAUGUCAUAUGUAUAAGUAAUUUAGUUAAUAAAAGAGGAUAAUUAUGUCAUUUUAUUAUAAUUAGUAAAUACUUGAGGAAUUCAUUUGGAAAUUCCAUCUCAAUUCAUCGGAAUUGCUAUAACUAGUUUCAAUUUUAUAGAAUUCAAAAUUUAGAAUUGAAAAUAAAUUUUUUUAAAUAACAAACAUAAAAAUAUUUCAUUCUGAAUUUAUCAAAACUUAUGAACGUAAAUGUCAAAUGUAUGUUAUUUAAUUUUUGAUUUGACACCUAAUUUCCCCUCCAAAUUGCUACCUUGCUUGGUUUGUCUCAUUCCUUUCUACGUCUGCCUUUCUCUCUCUCCCUCUAUAUUAGCUCCAGCCUCCAGCUCAGGUGGAGGAGGUCCCAUGGAGUCUUUCCCUCCCUCAAUCCUUCUCUAGGGUUUUUCUUCCUGGCGCUCUUUAGCCCUUUUCGUUUAUAUUCGAACGUUGGCGAUUUCUUUUAUGUUGCUCCACGUGAAAGUCCCACGGGGAUUGAUAGAGAUAUGUUAAGAAAUUCUUCGAGCUGCAUUGGUGAAGAUUCUCGUUAGGGUUUGUUGCUUCUCCUUCCUCUGCAGUUAUCGGGGUUUUAAUUCAGUCGAACGUUCGAUUUGGAAAUGCCUGCCCACAGAUCGAAGUCGGAGAAAGAGGAUGCCGGGAAGCAGCUCCGACGGAGCCCUUACGAGGUACUCGGCAUCUCGAGGAACUCUUCCGACCAAGAAAUUAAGAGCGCUUAUCGGAAAAUGGCCCUCAAGUACCAUCCUGACAAGAAUGCAAACGAUCCAAAAGCAGCUGAUAUGUUCAACGAAGUUACAUUUUCAUACAGCAUACUGUCUGAUCCGGACAAAAGACGCCAAUUUGACAAUGCUGGUUUUGAGGCUGUUGAGGCAGAAAAUCAAGAUCUGGAACUGGAUCUCUCAAGUUUAGGAGCUGUGAACACUAUGUUUGCCGCACUAUUUAGUAAACUUGGUGUGCCCAUCAAGACAACAGUAUCAGCCACUGUAUUGGAGGAAGCACUUAAUGGUGUGGUUCCAAUUUACCCACUUGAACUCGGGCAUCCAAUUUCUCGCAAGGUUGAGAAGCAAAGUGCUCACUUCUAUUCUGUCACAAUCUCAGAGGACGAAGCAAAAGCUGGUUUUGUUUGCCGAGUGCAAUCAUCCGAAAAAAGCAAGUUCAAGUUAUUGUACUUUGACCAGGAAGAAAACCGUGGAUUGAGCCUUGCUUUACAGGAGGAAUGCACUAAAACAGGAAAAGUCACAUCUGCUGGAAUGUAUUUCCUUGGGUUUCCUACAUAUCGGUUGGAUCAAACUGUGAACUCGCUUGCGGCUGCCAAGGAUGCUGAUGCUGCUUUCUUUAAAAGGCUAGAUGGCUUUCAACCUUGUGAAAUAAAUCAAUUGAAGGCUGGAACCCAUGUUUUUGCUGUCUAUGGUGACAAUUUUUUCAAAAAUGUAAAUUAUACUAUAGAAGCUGUUUGUGCUGUACCUUUUGUGGAAGAAAAGCAGACUCUUAGAGCCGUUGAAGCUGAAAUUCUUGAAAAAAGGAUAGAAAUAUCGAAGUUUGAAUCUGAAUACCGCGAGGUGUUGGCGCAUUUCACAGAAAUGACGGGUAGAUAUGCCCAGGAGAUGCAAGAGAUUGAUGAGCUUCUAAAACAAAGGAAUGAAAUUCAUGCAGCCUACACAGUUGUACCACCAAUGAAGCGGAGUAUAAGUAAAAGUAGGAGUAAGGGUUCCUUCAAGGAGAACCAUGAAGUUGGACAAGCAAAAGAUAAGAAAUCUUCAACAAGAGAUAGACCAAAGAAAAAGAAAUGGUUCAAUAUCCACAUAAAAGUAGACAAGAGAAAGACUUGCUAAUCCAUGUAAGGGACACAAACUUCACUGCCGUUCUUCUUCCCAAUUGUGUUUCAGGAACUAUGCUUCCUAAUCUUUGAUUCAUCGCUGCAGAAUAAUUCCGGAGGCCGAAUCAGAUACACAUUAGUUUUUGAACAAACUUUUCCUGGUGAUUCGGCUCUGAUGGCUUUUUUCUACUCCGACCAUAAUUGGUUGCUGAAUGAUUCCUACUAUACUUCAUGACUAAUGUUGAAGUGCGAAGACGGUCUUCUUGUGUAUAUUGCUACGUCAACAGCUCAAUGUUAUGUAAAAUGUAAUCUUUUUGAUGGGGAGUUUCCCCUUUCCUAGGCUUUUCUGGUGUCUUUUCUUCCCCGUGAUUGUAAGAACCAUACCUGUACAUUUGCAUAAUCUAUGCAAUAUAUUUUUUGUUCGUUC